UUAAAAUUAAUGCUGAGACCCGGAUAUUGCUAGACUUAUUGCAGCUGUUAGCUUGACGUUCGUUGGUAAAAGCGACGAGAGUAGCAGCAUUUCGCAGAACAUUCGAGAGGUCCCCAAAGCCCGAGGACGUUCCAGAUAACCUCCUUCUGCCUUUGAGGAAGAGCAGCCGCACUCUGGAUAUUUAUGGUCGUUAACUGUGCCUCUUUGAGAGCAUCAAAAUCAUUAAGAAACCCUGUUGCAGUCAAUAACAUCAACCAGCACCAGGCAUCGACCACCGUUCACUGCGGCUCUUGGAAGAUCAGCGUUGUGUUUAUGUCUUUGUUUUGCGAAAACGAGCUGUUGCGCAGCCGUUGGAACCUGUGUGGUGGAAAUCUAGACUUCAAGCAAGGAGCUUGCAGCCACAGCGGCACAACGUUUUUCAUGUCAGAGACCGAGCACGCUUGCAGUCGUUUAUGUCAUCCCCUCUUUUCCAGACAGAAGAUCCCGAAAAAUCCCCAACCAAGAUCCUUUUAUCUUACUGAUAGUGCUGACAUCCAGCCAAAAUGUCUGUCAACGUCAACCGCAGCGUGUCAGACCAGUUCUAUCGCUACAAGAUGCCCCGUCUGAUUGCCAAGGUUGAAGGCAAAGGGAAUGGAAUCAAGACGGUCAUUGUCAACAUGGUUGAUGUUGCAAAGGCUCUGAACAGGCCUCCAACAUACCCGACCAAGUUUUUUGGUUGUGAACUCGGCGCUCAGACCCAGUUUGAUACCAAAAACGAUCGUUACAUCGUCAACGGAUCCCACGAGGCGAACAAGUUGCAGGACAUGCUUGAUGGGUUCAUCAGAAAAUUUGUGCUGUGUGCCGAGUGUGACAACCCUGAAACUGAUCUGCAUGUCAAUCCCAAGAAACAAACUAUUGGUACUUCCUGUAAGGCCUGUGGAUACCGUGGCAUGCUAGACACCAGACACAAACUCUGCACAUUCAUCCUCAAAAACCCACCUGAGAGCAAUGAUAGUGGAUCUGCAUCUGUGAAGAAAGAGAAGGAGAAGAAGAACCGCAAGAAGGACAAGGAGAACGGCUCUGGCAGUGGCGAGGCUGGAAACCAUGACAACUUUGAUGCUCCCGAGGCUGUGGAUCGAGAUGACGAUGAUGAAGACUGGGCAGAGGAGACUACAGAGGAGGCACAGAGGCGGCGAAUGGAGGAGAUCAGCGAUCACGCCAAGAACCUAACGCUCAGCGAGGACCUGGAGAAACCCCUCGAGGAUAGGGUCAACCUCUUCUACAGCUUUGUGAAAAACAAAAAGGAAAGCGGAACAAUUGACGCAGCUGAUAAAGAGAUCUUGGCGGAGGCAGAGCGCCUGGAUGUGAAGGCCAUGGGCCCGCUCAUCCUGAGCGAACUGCUGUUCAACGAAAACAUCCGUGACCAGAUCAAGAAGUACAAACGUCACUUCCUGCGUUUCUGCCACAACAACAAGAAAGCCCAGAAGUAUCUGCUGGGAGGCUUUGAGUGUGUCGUGAAGCUGCAUCAGGUCCAGCUCCUGCCACGUGUUCCCAUCAUCCUCAAAGACCUGUACGACGCUGACCUGCUGGAGGAGGAUGUGAUUUUCGCCUGGGCGGAGAAGGUUUCUAAGAAGUACGUCUCCAAGGAACUUGCCAAAGAGAUCCAUGCCAAGGCCGCUCCUUUUGUCAAAUGGCUGAAGGAGGCAGAGGAGGAGAGUGAGGGUAGCGAAGAAGAGGAGGAGGAAGAUGAUGAGAAUGUUGAGGUGGUGUACUCGUCCUCUGCCCGCGAGCUCAAAGUGGAGACUGUGAAACCAGACACGCCAGAGAAAGAAGAGGACGACAUUGACAUCGAUGCGAUCUGAGAGACUCGAGUGAUGAUGCUUUUCCUGACUUGCGGCUUUGACUCACGAUGCCCUGUACUAGCUAAAUGGCUGGCCUUUUCCCUCCUUUACUACCUGCCCCACCACCACCCCUCUCUGCGAUCCCUUCUCCGCUUAGUGGCAUGAUUUAACAUAGCGCUUUAUCUGCUGCACAUUAACGCUGUCAUUUUGAAGUGUAUUCAGUUGAUGAAAUGAAAUCGCUUUUGGGGGUUUUAAUCAUGGGUGAUUUGGGGGUUUUGUUUUGACUGCACUUUUUUUUUUCUUUUUUUUUUCUUUUUUUUUUUUUUUUUUUGGUCCUUGUAUUUUUCCAGUCAAUAAAGAAUGAAUGUUUUGCUAUCCAGCA